AAUGGCUGCAAUAUAUUUGUGAGAUGAUCCCGUGGUGGUAGGAAAGUGGAAGGAAAGCAGGCGGAGGUGUUAGUUGCGGAGAGUCAAUGCGACGCUGCCGUCGAGAUCGAAUCAUCGUGUUUCGGAAGGGCGAAAUCCAAUCCGUCGACGACUUGCAGAUCUAGUUGCUGACUGCGAAUAACAGCCUUGGAGUUAUUUUGAUUGCAAUCGGAGAUGGAUUCUGCCAGAAGCUGGUUUCAUAGAUUACAAACUAAGGAGAAAGUAAAGCCCGGGUCUGCUAAGCAGGAAGCUGGAAGUGCUAAGGAUUUGCAAAGGCCUCCAAUUGAUGAUGCACCUUCUGAUGCCACCAAGCAGAAGGUUGCUGCUGCAAAGCAGUACAUCGAGAAUCAUUACAAGGCUCAGAUGAAGUCCUUGCAUGACCGCAAAGAGAGACGUUGGAUGCUGGAGAAGAAACUUUCUGAUGCUGAAGUCUCCAAAGAAGAGCAGAAUAACAUUUUGAAGAGCUUAGAGAAAAAGGAAACAGAAUAUAUGCGUCUCCAAAGGCAUAAAAUGGGCGUGGAUGAUUUUGAACUUUUGACUAUUAUUGGGAGGGGGGCAUUUGGAGAGGUCAGAAUAUGUAAAGAGAAAAAAAAUGGAAAUGUCUAUGCAAUGAAAAAACUUAAAAAAUCUGAAAUGCUUCGUAGGGGACAGGUGGAACAUGUCAAAGCUGAAAGAAAUCUACUUGCAGAAGUGGACAGUCCCUACAUUGUUAAACUUUACUUUUCUUUUCAAGAUGAUGAAUAUUUAUAUCUCAUCAUGGAGUAUCUUCCUGGGGGUGACAUGAUGACUCUACUUAUGCGCAAGGAUACAUUGACAGACGAUGAGGCCAGAUUUUAUGUUGCAGAAACAGUUUUAGCUAUUGAAUCUAUUCAUAGGCAUAACUACAUUCACAGGGACAUCAAACCUGAUAACCUUUUGUUGGAUCGAUAUGGGCAUAUGAAACUUUCUGAUUUUGGGUUGUGCAAGCCGCUGGAUAGUAGUAGUUUUCCAAAUCUUAAUGAACCUGAAUACGCACCAGGAAGAAAUGGCAAAGCUACUUUGGACGAUAAAUGGUCCAGUGCCUCUCCUACUCCAAGGCGUUCUCAACAAGAACAACUGCAACAUUGGCAAAAGAAUAGAAGAAUGCUGGCUUUCUCAACUGUCGGAACACCUGAUUACAUUGCUCCAGAAGUUCUUCUCAAGAAAGGAUAUGGAAUGGAGUGUGACUGGUGGUCACUUGGAGCAAUUAUGUAUGAGAUGCUUGUGGGUUAUCCACCAUUUUAUUCUGAAGAUCCAAUGUCCACAUGUCGAAAGAUUGUAAAUUGGAGAAACCACUUAAAGUUCCCUGAAGAGGCAAAACUUUCGCCUGAAGCUAAAGAUCUUAUCAGCAGACUCUUGUGUAAUGUAGAACAUAGACUUGGUACCAAAGGUGCACAGGAGAUAAAGGCACACCCAUGGUUCAGAGGCAUCCAAUGGGAGCGACUGUACCACAUGGAAGCUGCUUUUAAACCAGAGGUUAAUGAUGAGCUUGAUACUCAGAACUUUGAGAAGUUUGAAGAGACGUCGGCACCCGUGGAGACUUCUUCAAAAUCUGGCCCAUGGAGAAAGAUGCUUCCAUCCAAGGAUGUCAACUUUGUCGGUUACACUUACAAAAAUUUUGAGAUCGUAAAUGACCAUGAAAUUCCAGGGAUUGCUGAACUGAAGAAGAAAAGUAAUAAGCCAAAGAGGCCAACAAUUAAAUCCUUGUUUGACACGGAUUCGUCAUCGAACCAAAUUCCACCUGCCCAAGGAAGUUUUCUCAAACUACUGCCAACGCAGAUGGAGGUCCCUGAGAAUGUAGAGUCAUCUUCUCAUUCCAGUAGCUCUUCUCUGGAUCAACCCCAUUCUCGUUACAGAUAGUGCUUAUUGUGCCAUGCAGAUCUACUACUUUCCGCUCAUUCUGUACAUAAAAGGGGUGGCAUAGAGGUAUCGGCAUGACUACCUGUAAAUUCACAGAUCCAGUUACAGGAAGUUGAUCUUGGAUUCUUUUAUUUUUGUAACGAGGGAUUAAAGCUGAUGCAAGAAACUCCUGUUCUAGUGUGGACUAACCUCUGAACAGAUGUUAACUUCCUAAAUUUUGAAUUUGUGCCAUAUCUGUAAUGCAAAAUCAAACUACUCGUGUACAACUAAUUGUGCAAGCACAACUUUUUUUCUUAGUAAUAUGGAUUCCUUGCGUUGUGUGUAAAA